AGACUAGAAAGACUGAAACCAAACCCAUAAACCACGAAAUAAAAAUCUACUGAAAAAUCUAUUGAACAACUUAGGAGAUUUGCGUUUACAAGUUAAUAUUAUGUCUUAAAGUUCAAAUUGCUGAAGUCAAGAUGGAACAGCAUCAAUGAAAACGAUAUUUGUCAGUGAAACUGUGACGUUUCUGCUGAUACUGAGUGCAAAUGUCUGAGUCUCCUGGUGUUGGCUUCUUGUAAUCGCAAUUAUCACACAUAAUCAUCAUCUACAAUGAAAAUUCUGCAAGUCUCAGCACUGAUGAUGCUAUUUUAUUGGUUAUGCGUUUGUAAGUCUUAAUGGUUAUAAAGAGUUAGCAAAUAACCCCAAUUUGACUCCAUUACUGCUUAUGCAAUACUUUGGUUUGCUUAGUAAAUUUUGUUACUCCUCUAUAUAUAUACUGUGGUUUCAGUUUUCUUAGUCUUCAGCUUGGCCGUUGUAAGGUCUGAUUGUGAAGCUUAGGACUCAAUGAAGUUUAUUCUUUUUCUGAUUAGUAUGAUAGUUUAUAUACUGUUUUUCCCUUUUCUCAUAGUUUUCACAGCAGCAGAAACUUCAUCCAUCACACAAUCCCAGUCCCUCAGUUACAGAAAGACCCUAGUUUCCCCAAGUGGAAUCUUCGAACUCGGUUUCUUCAAUCUUGGAAAUCCGAACAAAAUCUACCUUGGAAUUUGGAACAAGAAUAUUCCACUUCAAAACAUAGUUUGGGUUGCAAACGGUGGUAGUCCAAUCAAGGAUUCUUCUUCCAUCUUGAAACUAGACAGUUCUGGCAAUUUGGUCCUUACACACAACAACACAGUUGUUUGGAGCACAAGUUCUCCAGAAAAGGCACAGAAUCCGGUGGCAGAGCUCUUGGAUUCUGGCAAUCUUGUGAUAAGAGAUGAGAAUGGAGGAAAUGAAGACGCAUAUAUGUGGCAAAGCUUUGAUUACCCAUCUAAUACUAUGCUGCAAGGAAUGAAGGUUGGAUGGGACCUCAAAAGAAAUUUUAGUACUCGCCUGAUAGCUUGGAAGAGUGACGAUGAUCCAACCCAAGGAGACUUAUCUUGGGGCAUUAUCCUGCACCCUUAUCCUGAGAUCUAUAUGAUGAAGGGAACAAAAAAGUACCAUAGACUUGGACCAUGGAAUGGUUUGCGUUUCAGUGGCUUUCCACUUAUGAAGCCUAAUAACCACAUAUACUAUUCUGAGUUUGUCUGCAACCAGGAAGAGGUUUAUUUCAGAUGGAGCCUCAAGCAGACUAGUUCAAUAUCAAAAGUGGUACUUAACCAAACCACACUGGAACGUCAGCGUUAUGUAUGGUCUGGGAAAUCAUGGAUUUUAUAUGCAGCACUGCCAGAAGACUACUGUGACCAUUAUGGAGUUUGUGGAGCCAAUACAUACUGCACCACUUCUGCAUUACCAAUGUGUCAAUGUUUAAAAGGGUUCAAGCCUAAGUCUCCUGAGGAAUGGAACUCAAUGAACUGGUCUGAAGGAUGUGUCCGGAAACAUCCACUUAGCUGCAAAAAUAAGCUCAGUGAUGGGUUUGUACUAGUGGAAGGCUUGAAAGUGCCGGAUACUAAAGAUACGUUUGUGGAUGAGACUAUUGAUCUAAAACAAUGCAGAACCAAGUGCUUGAAUAAAUGUUCCUGCAUGGCGUAUACCAAUUCAAAUAUAAGUGGAGCAGGCAGUGGCUGUGUUAUGUGGUUUGGUGAUUUAUUUGACAUCAAACUGUAUCCAGAGAAUGGGCAGAGUCUAUAUAUAAGGUUGCCUGCUUCAGAAUUAGAGUUUAUCAGGUACAAGAGGAACUCUAUAAUAAUAAUUGUAACCUCCGUUGCUGCAACUUUGGUAGUGAUGGUAGUGACACUUGCUAUUUAUUUCAUCAGAAGAAGGAAAAUUGCCGACAAGUCAAAGACAGAAGAGAACAUCGAAAGACAGCUAGAUGAUAUGGAUGUGCCAUUGUUUGAUCUUCUAACAGUCACUACUGCCACCAACAAUUUUUCAUUGAAUAAUAAGAUUGGACAAGGUGGUUUUGGACCUGUAUAUAAGGGAGAAUUAGUGGAUGGGCGAGAAAUUGCUGUCAAGCGACUAUCAACUAGCUCUGGACAAGGAAUAAAUGAGUUCACAGCAGAAGUAAAACUGAUUGCAAAGCUUCAACACCGAAAUCUUGUAAAGCUCCUUGGCUGUUGCUUUCAAGGACAAGAAAAAUUACUAAUAUAUGAAUACAUGGUUAAUGGCAGCCUAGACACCUUCAUUUUUGAUAAAGUGAAAGGUAAAUUAUUGGAUUGGCCCCGACGCUUCCACAUAAUACUUGGAAUUGCUAGAGGACUUUUGUAUCUCCAUCAAGAUUCCCGAUUAAGGAUUAUUCAUAGAGAUCUCAAAGCAAGUAAUGUUUUACUUGAUGAAAAGUUCAAUCCUAAAAUAUCAGAUUUUGGAACAGCAAAAGCUUUUGGAGGAGACCAAAUCGAAGGAAACACAAAAAGAGUAGUUGGGACUUAUGGAUACAUGGCCCCAGAAUAUGCUGUUGCUGGACUAUUUUCAAUCAAAUCAGACGUUUUCAGCUUUGGUAUUUUACUGUUGGAGAUUGUAUGUGGAAUAAAAAAUAAAGCUCUUUGUGAUGGAAACCAGAUUCAUAGCCUUGCAUGGACACUUUGGAAAGAGAAAAAUGCUUUACAGUUGAUUGACUCAAGCAUAAAGGACUCAUGUGUUAUCUCAGAAGUACUGCGAUGCAUCCAUGUUAGUCUCUUGUGCUUGCAACAAUACCCGGGAGAUAGGCCAACCAUGACAUCAGUAAUUCAAAUGUUAGGGAGUGAGAUGGAACUGGUUGAGCCAAAGGAGCUUAGUUUCUUUCAAAGCAGGAUUUUGGAUGAAGGAAAAUUAAGCUUUAAUCUAAACCUAAUGACUUCAAAUGAUGAAUUAACCAUUACCUCAUUAAAUGGCCGGUGAAAGUUAUUGAGCCAGCUGAACAUACUGCACUGACGCACAAUUUGCAUUGCAAGUACAGUAACAAGUAUUUUUUGCACUAUCCUUUCGUCAAGAAAAUCCUUACCGAGGAGAUGUACCUUGUUUGCAAUGCUCAGUAGUUUGUGAGCAUAACUUUUGAUAGUUUUUGUCUCCUUCAUGUUCUGCAUCUCAAAUUCUCUAGCCCAGUAGUGGACAACCUGCAUAGUCUUCUUCUAUCGGUUCCCAAAGAUCUAGUGCUUCAAGAUGGGUAGUCAUCCUUGCAACCCAUAAGUCGUACUCCUCACCAUCAAAAAUUGGUGGUGGUAUUAUGUGUGUUGUGUCUACUUUCAUUAUGGUUUCUCUCAACUCACAGAUCCCUCAAGAUGAUGGCUCUUGAUACCAAUUUGUUGAAGAUUAGAUCAAAAACAGAGAAGAGCAAAUAUAUUUUCGAAGGAUGUCUUAAUGAGCUGCACUUGCCAAAAUAAGAUUAGAAGAAUGCUUUAAAGACAUGCGACGAAAGCUGAAAGUUGAUACGACGAUUGGAGAUUGCUGCAAAGCCUUAUCAGAUGAUUAAUGUAAUCAGAUGCAAGAUGCUGAAUUGCAAGUCUCUCAAUACGUGCUUCAUUUUUUACUCUGACUCUGCAUCCGAAGUUGUGUUAUAGGCUUGGGCUGAUUUGUAAAAAGAAAUAAGAGGACUAGAAAAGUUCAAGUUAUCUUUAGUAUAAAUAGGAUAAAUUUUUAUUGUCAGAAAGUACAGCGCCAGAGUUUGGUUAUCUGAUUUUUCUCAACUAGUUUUUAGUUUUCUUUGUUGUUCUUAGAGUUUUCAAUUUUCACUCUCUGCCAUCAGUGGCUAAACUCUGUAAUCAAUCUUUGGAUUUUAAUAUCGUUUGUUUGCUGACUUGA